UACUAUUUCUACCACAUGACCUAUAGGUGGCAAUGAUUUGCGACACAAAUAUUUUCAGGCCUUUUGUUAUUUUAUGUAACAUAAAUGCAGAAGUUGUGGUUAUCUAUGAAAAGUACAGAUUAAUGUUUUUCAGUGAUACCACAUAUGAAUUUGGUAUUCAGAGACUUUAACUUUUAAGCGUAAAUGUUUUCUGCGACAUAGCGUGCCCCCUUUUGGUUUAAGAGAUUAAGCAUCCAUUGUGUCUUUUAUUUACUCCCAUUUCCUCCUUUCUCCAGGGCCUGCUGUCUUUCCUGAGUGCUCCAUUAAUCGGUGCUCUGUCAGAUGUGUGGGGCCGGAAGUCUUUUCUUCUCCUCACAGUGUUCUUCACCUGCGCUCCCAUCCCUCUCAUGAAGAUCAGCCCAUGGUUAGUUUCCUGCAUGAAGACAAAUGGAGACCAGAUCCAGUGAUGCACCUACUUUACAUUACACAUUUGCCACCCAUUGGAGGAGAAAAAAAUAAAAGCUGUGGUACUUUGCAGUGAUCUCCAUGUCCGGCGUCUUUGCAGUCACGUUCUCCGUGAUCUUUGCAUAUGUGGCUGAUAUUACCCAGGAGCAUGAAAGGAGCACCGCGUAUGGCCUGGUGUCGGCCACUUUUGCAGCCAGUCUGGUGACGAGCCCAGCGAUUGGUGCAUACCUGUCUGUGGCGUAUGGAGAUACUUUGGUGGUGAUCCUAGCCACAACCAUAGCCCUGCUGGACAUCUGUUUUAUCCUGGUGGCAGUUCCCGAGUCCCUGCCUGAGAAGAUGAGACCGGCAUCCUGGGGAGCCCCUAUUUCCUGGGAGCAGGCUGACCCCUUUGCAUCUUUACGUAAGGUGGGUCAGGACUCCACGGUCCUCCUGAUCUGCAUCACAGUCUUCCUGUCCUACCUGCCUGAGGCUGGACAGUAUUCCAGUUUCUUCCUUUAUCUUAGACAGGUCAUAAGAUUUACAUCAGAAACAGUUUCUGCCUUCAUUGCAGUGGUGGGAAUCCUCUCCAUUUUAGCUCAGACUGUUGUCCUGGGAAUCCUGAUGCGUUCCUUUGGAAAUAAAAACACUAUCUUGUUAGGCCUCGGCUUUCAGAUCCUACAGCUGGCCUGGUAUGGCUUUGGCUCCCAGCCCUGGAUGAUGUGGGCUGCUGGAGCUGUGGCUGCCAUGUCCAGCAUCACCUUCCCAGCGAUCAGUACCAUUGUGUCCCGUAAUGCUGACCCCGACCAACAGGGUGUUGUGCAGGGGAUGAUCACAGGAAUCCGAGGACUAUGUAAUGGCCUGGGUCCAGCACUCUAUGGUUUUGUCUUCUACCUGUUUCAUGUUGAGCUGAGUGAAAUGGAUCCUGCUGAGGGCACAGAGAAGGGUGCCAAACCCAACAUGGCCAACCCCACAGAUGAGAGUUCCAUCAUACCUGGGCCUCCCUUCCUGUUUGGAGCAUGCUCUGUGUUGCUCUCCCUGCUGGUUGCUCUCUUCAUCCCAGAGCACAACGCCCUCAACUUGCGGCCCGGCAGCUUCAAGAAGCACAACAACGGCGAGCAGAGCCACUUACACUGUUCGCAAGGUGGCCCCUGCGAGGGCAAGGAGCCUCUGCUAGAGGACAGCAGCGUAUAACCUCACUGAUGAGGGGGCGGGCAUAGACCCUAAACCCCCUCACACUCACCACCCCACCUUCCCAGGUGCACAUAAGCAGUGCAACUUUUGCAGAGUCUUAGGGAUGAUGACACCGCCCCUUCUAGUUACCCCACAGCUUGGAGAAGGCCUGCCAGGUUGGCUGCUUUCCGGAUACUACAGAACAGGGUACCAGUAGAUGGGCUCUGGGUACAUGGGGGACUGGGGGACUGGUUCACAUAUUACAUGUGUGGGACUGGGCCAACAGGGAGCUGCCCUUGGCCUUGUGGAACAGGAAGUGAAGCUAAGAACAUUUUGCCUUGCACAAGUGAGGGAAAUGCAAGCCGACACAGCUCUGUGCUGAAAAGGACUGAGGUUUUCCUCAUUUUAACUUUUUCAUAGGUUUUUUUUUGUGUGUGUGUUUCUCUUUCAGAUUUUCGACGUAAAUGUUCCUUGGCCAAAGAAACCUGGUAACUGAAACCGUAGGGAACAUGUCUGUUGUGACAUGUUACAGGCUAACUUUUGAUGUGCUGCUUUCUACUGGUUGAUCUUGGUUUUGUAAUUGAUAAGAGUGAAACAGACUCUUCUAGAGAGUGUGUGUUUUCUUCUCACAGGUGUGGAGUGCCUCAAACCGCACCCUUAAAGGGAUAGUUCACCUAAAAAUGAAAAUUCCGUCACCCUCAUGUCGAUCCAAACACAUUUGUCUUUCUUUUUAGUGUGUAAUACAGAAAGAGUUGGCUAGCAGAGGGUCCAAGCUGUCCUGUCCCUGUUCACCAUUCACUUUCAUUGUAUGACAAUGAGAGUAAAUAAUGAUGGAUGGAAAGUCGUGGUUUAGAAUGACAUUGGUUUAGUAAAUUGAGUUUAAGAGAUCAUUUUUGGGUGAAAUAUCCCUUUAAGGAAAUGUAACCAAGAAAGAGGGUCGUCAAAAUGAUCAGUUAACAAAAUCUUUGCUGAUUUAUCAUUACUCAUUUUAACCUAUCAUUCUUGUUCUUUUAGAAUCAUGAUGAAAUCAUUUGUUCUUUCUUUCCCUCAAUAUCUUAUGUGAGGUGGCCAAGUUUUAUGUAGAGGAUGUAAAAGUUGCCUCUAAGUGACUUUUUAUUGCUAUUACUAUUCCCAAAUGAAGUCCAUGCUUUGAGAAGUUUAAGUAAUCAUAUUGUUCCUGUUAGAUCAUGCGAAUAUUAUGUUCUGGUUUAUCAUCCACCUCCCCUUAAGUCCUCUCUGUGAAAGUCAGCACUGCCACGUUACAACAGGCUAGCAGGGUUCUCUUCUCAUUACAAGCUUACAGAUAGUCAUCAAGUCUUACCUAGUUUGCAAGCACUGAUGUAGGUGGAAUAGCUCAAAUGUGAUUGAGUGUCACUAGAUUCAGUGAAUUAAUAUCACACAUGCUGCUAUUUUAGGAUUACAAGGUUACAAGUUCUGUGGUAUUAUACUAGAUUCUAAAUUUGGUAUUUCAGUUAGAUCUGAGCAUUUUCAAGUACGACGUUGUAGUUUUAGACUCCCUGAUUCCAUGGCUGAUUUCUGUUUGCAGUGUGCUUUAGAGGAAAAACAACUUUGCAUACUUUAUCAGAUCUAAACAUGUUUGAUUUUUUUUUUUUUUUCUCUGUGUAAAGCCUCAAGAGCAUUCAGAUCACAUUUGUUGAUUUUAGAUUAUUUAUUUUUUUCAGGUGCCAUACCUAUUACUUUAUUUCUGUGUUUUUAUUUGUUUGUGUUUCUCUUUUUUUUUUUUUUUUUUUUUAAACUGAAGUUUAUUUUUCAAUCAAAUCACAAGGGUUUUCUAGAGAAUCCACAGGCUUAGUCUAAAUAACUUGUUUUUAAACUAACUUUAUGUUCCCUUGCAACAUUGCAAACAAUGUAAAUGUUAUUUAAAAUGGACAAAUGGUUUUCCUUCAUGUUCAGUAACACUUAUGUACAUGGAUCCAUAUGGCCAAAUGUUUAUGGAGUUCUUUGUAAUAUAUCCUAGUGAGGAAUGGAGACAACGGUUAUCAUCCUGUUUUAUACAUGCAUAAAUGUUCUGAUUCUCACUAGCCACUACCUAGCAAAGAAAUCUAGUGUUUGCCUCAGAAAAAAAGCCAAUUAAUUUGUGCCUAAAAUGUGCUCUAAACGAAUAGAACCAGUCUAUGUGAAUGGUAAACCGGCUGUAAAUAUAAGAAACUAAUGAGAAACUAUUUAUUAAAAGUUUAUUGAAGUUUAUUAAAAGUUUA